UUUGUUUCUAGGUUGUAACAAUCUCAGUUUUCCUCCAGGUUAAGGGAGUCCAUCAAUGCAAGUAAGUUGAGCAAGGAAGAAAGUAACACGUAAAAGAAUAUUUCAAGAUAAUCUCAUUUUAGGUAUCUAUGCAGAUAUAUGCAUACAUUUUUCUGGAUAGAAUCAUAAGAAAGCAUUAAAAAUGAUUUGCUUUGGGGAGAGCAACCUGAGGUAAGGGGGAGUUUUUAUUUUUCCUUUUAAAAAUAUUCCUAUUGGGUUUGAAUUUAUAAUCUUAUAUUACUCUCGUUUUUAAAAGUGGUAACAAGGCUAAUUUGGACGAUGAGGUUAUGGGCAAUUUCAUUUCCUUAAAACAAACUUGGUUAAUAUUAUAGUAUUAAGAACAAUAACAACAAAAACAUGUCCCAAACCUGGACUGACUCAGAACAUUUUUUUUUUUUGCCUAAUGUAAUCACAGUUUCCUUCUGAGAAUAAAUUAGUAUGCCUGAUAAAAAUAUGCAAGCAAUUCCCUGAUAAAUUCUAAGGGAAUUGAAGAUUUGUUCUAAAAAACCCGCUCAUCCAACCGUUAGUCAAGAGCCUAAUUAUCUCUAAACAAACAUAAUUUUCUUUUGUAUCUAAUCUAAGGAUUAUCUAUUUCUGUAAAACGCCCCCAAUCGAGAGUAAAACUUUGAAUUGGUUUGAUAGACUCCUUUUCCUUUGCAGCAAGAUCUGUAAUAAAUUUAGAUAAAUGGUAAUAACCACAUUGCUCGGGAAUGUUUUAACAGCAAUUAAAUAUGCGUUAAACCCUUCAAAAACCAGGGUAAUGUUCACCUGAAUUACGAGUCUAAAGGAUGAGGGGAUGAUAAAUGGCAGGGCUAUGGAACUGUAGGAACAGAGUGGAAUCCAUUCAUUCGAGAAGUAUUAGAGUGCCUACCAUAGACGAGGCUUUGAAAAGUACGCCCAGUGUGUCCAUGACGUGACAGGCACUGUUCUAGAAUCUGGGGAUCCAGAAAGGAACAAAUGGGGUUAGGGAGAGAAAACUACAGUUCCCACACUAUCUCGCCCUUCCGCCUUUUCCCAGGUGCUGGCGUCUUGCCACGCUCCUCUUCCCAGGAUUCUAGGCAAGCCCCGCCCCCUGGCCGACACGCGCCCGUUCUCUCGGUAGGACAUGGACUGCGACUCGCGCCAGGCCGUCGUGGGCGUGGCCUAUGAGGGCUUCCCUUCUUCCUGGCUGUGCCGGAGGCGGACUACAGUUCCCAGAAAACUUUGCUUCCUCUCCUGGGUGUUAUUGCCCCUUUCCCGGUGCGGGACACGGUAGCGGCGAGCGGGUGCCAGGCCUGUGGUCCUGUGUGUCCUUCCCCGUGGCAGGGACGAGGCAGUGACUUGACUCGGGCGCUGAGCCCGGGAGGGAGCGCUGGGGGCCGCCGUCCUCCUGGCCGGCUUCCCCUCACGCUCCCGGCUCGCCCGUCUUCUCUCCACCCGCCGCCGCCUGGACGAUUCCGGACCGACUGCCUGGGGGCAGAGGUGGCGAUAUCGGUCGCCGGGGCUGUGGCGAGGCCGCGGCCCUUGGGGCGGCGGUAGCGGCGUCAGCGCUGGGGAGGAGGCGGAGGGAAGAUGGCGUCGGAGCUGGAGCCGGAGGCGCCGGCCAUCGACCGGAGUUUGCUGGAAUGUUCGGCUGAGGAGACGGCGGGGAAAUGGCUGCAAGCAACUGACCUCACAAGAGAAGUGUACCAGCAUUUAGCCCACUAUGUACCAAAAAUCUACUGCAGGGGUCCCAACCCUUUACCACAGAAGGAAGACAUGCUGGCACAGCAUGUUUUGUUGGGACCAAUGGAAUGGUACCUUUGUGGUGAAGACCCUACAUUUGGAUUUCCAAAACUUGAACAAGCAAACAAACCUUCUCAUCUUUGUGGUCGUGUUUUUAAAGUAGGAGAACCUACGUACUCUUGCAGAGACUGUGCAGUUGAUCCAACUUGCGUUUUAUGCAUGGAGUGCUUUUUGGGAAGUAUUCACAGAGACCAUCGAUACAGGAUGACAACAUCAGGAGGUGGAGGUUUCUGUGACUGUGGUGAUACUGAAGCUUGGAAAGAGGGUCCUUACUGUCAAAAACAUGAACUUAACACUUCUGAAAUUGAGGAAGAAGAGGACCCUCUUGUGCAUUUAUCAGAAGAUGUAAUAGCCAGAACUUACAACAUUUUUGCUAUUAUGUUUCGGUAUGCAGUAGAGAUACUAACCUGGGAAAAAGAAAGUGAAUUGCCAGCAGAUUUAGAGAUGGUUGAGAAGAGUGACACCUAUUAUUGCAUGCUAUUCAAUGAUGAGGUUCAUACCUAUGAACAAGUUAUUUAUACUCUUCAGAAAGCUGUUAACUGUACACAAAAGGAAGCCAUUGGCUUUGCAACUACAGUAGAUCGAGAUGGACGUAGGUCUGUUCGAUAUGGAGACUUCCAGUAUUGUGAACAAGCAAAAUCAGUAAUUGUGAGAAAUACCAGUAGACAGACAAAGCCACUCAAAGUUCAAGUUAUGCAUUCAUCAAUUGUCGCACAUCAGAAUUUUGGUUUGAAAAUUUUGUCUUGGCUGGGAAGUAUUAUUGGAUAUUCAGAUGGCCUUCGUCGAAUUUUAUGUCAAGUUGGUUUACAAGAAGGACCAGAUGGUGAAAACUCUUCUCUUGUGGAUAGAUUGAUGCUUAACGAUUCCAAAUUGUGGAAAGGUGCUAGAAGCGUGUAUCAUCAGUUGUUCAUGAGCAGUCUACUUAUGGAUUUGAAAUACAAGAAACUGUUUGCUGUUCGAUUUGCAAAGAAUUACCAGCAGUUGCAGAGAGAUUUUAUGGAGGAUGAUCACGAGCGAGCAGUGUCCGUGACUGCUCUGUCUGUCCAGUUCUUCACCGCACCUACUCUGGCUCGGAUGCUCAUCACAGAAGAAAACCUAAUGACCAUUAUUAUUAAGACAUUUAUGGAUCAUUUGAGACAUCGAGAUUCCCAGGGCAGAUUUCAAUUUGAACGAUAUACAGCUUUACAAGCCUUCAAAUUUAGGAGAGUUCAGAGCCUUAUUUUAGACCUCAAGUAUGUGUUAAUUAGCAAACCAACUGAAUGGUCAGAUGAUCUGAGGCAGAAGUUUCUAGAAGGAUUUGAUGCCUUUUUGGAAUUACUCAAAUGUAUGCAGGGAAUGGAUCCAAUUACACGUCAAGUAGGACAGCAUAUUGAAAUGGAACCAGAGUGGGAAGCAGCCUUCACAUUGCAAAUGAAAUUGACACAUGUCAUUUCAAUGAUGCAGGACUGGUGUGCUUUAGAUGAAAAAGUGUUAAUUGAAGCUUACAAGAAAUGCCUUGCUGUAUUGAUGCAGUGUCACGGUGGUUUUACUGACGGUGAACAGCCCAUCACAUUAAGCAUUUGUGGACACUCAGUGGAAACUAUCAGAUACUGUGUUUCCCAAGAAAAAGUUAGCAUUCACCUCCCAGUUUCUCGCUUACUUGCAGGUUUGCAUGUAUUAUUAAGCAAAAGUGAAGUGGCAUACAAAUUUCCGGAGCUCCUACCUCUAAGUGAACUUAGCCCACCUAUGCUAAUAGAACACCCUCUUAGAUGUCUUGUUCUGUGUGCCCAAGUACAUGCAGGAAUGUGGAGAAGAAACGGAUUCUCGCUAGUAAACCAGAUUUAUUACUACCAUAAUGUGAAAUGCAGGCGUGAAAUGUUUGACAAGGAUAUAAUAAUGCUUCAGACAGGUGUCUCCAUGAUGGAUCCAAAUCAUUUCCUGAUGAUAAUGCUCAGCCGCUUUGAACUUUAUCAGAUUUUCAGUUCUCCAGACUAUGGAAAAAGAUUCAGUUCUGAGAUUACCCAUAAGGAUGUAGUUCAGCAAAACAAUACUCUAAUAGAAGAAAUGCUAUACCUCAUUAUAAUGCUUGUUGGAGAGAGAUUUAGUCCUGGAGUCGGACAGGUAAAAGCUACAGAUGAAAUUAAGCGAGAGAUUAUCCAUCAGUUGAGCAUCAAGCCUAUGGCUCAUAGUGAAUUGGUAAAGUCUUUACCUGAAGAUGAGAACAAGGAGACUGGUAUGGAGAAUGUCAUUGAAGCAGUUGCCCAUUUCAAAAAACCUGGAUUAACAGGACGAGGCAUGUAUGAACUGAGACCAGAGUGUGCCAAAGAGUUCAAUUUGUAUUUCUAUCACUUUUCAAGGGCAGAGCAGUCCAAGGCAGAGGAAGCCCAACGGAAAUUGAAAAGACAAAAUAGGGAAGAUACAGCACUUCCACCUCCAGUUUUGCCUCCAUUCUGCCCUCUGUUUGCAAGUCUGGUUAACAUUUUGCAGUCAGAUGUCAUGUUGUGCAUCAUGAGAACGAUACUGCAGUGGGCCGUGGAACAUAAUGGAUAUGCCUGGUCUGAGUCCAUGCUGCAAAGAGUGUUACAUUUAAUUGGAAUGGCACUACAAGAAGAAAAACAGCAUUUGGAGAACGUAACAGAAGAACAUAUAGUGACAUUUACCUUCACUCAGAAGAUAUCAAAACCUGGUGAAGCACCAAACAACUCUCCUAGCAUACUAGCUAUGCUGGAAACACUGCAAAAUGCUCCUUACCUAGAAGUCCACAAAGAUAUGAUUAGGUGGAUAUUAAAGACUUUUAAUACUAUUAAGAAAAUGAGAGAGAGUUCGUCCUCCAGUCCUGUGGCAGAGACAGAAGGCACCGUAACAGAAGAGAGUCCAAGAGACAAAGACAAAGCCGAGAGGAAGAGAAAAGCUGAGAUUGCCAGACUGCGCAGAGAGAAGAUCAUGGCCCAAAUGUCGGAGAUGCAGCGGCACUUUAUUGAUGAGAACAGAGAACUCUUUCAGCAGACACUGGAGCUGGAUGUCUCCACUUCUGCUGUUCUUGAUAAUAGCCCUAUGAUUUCAGAUAUGACACUUACAGCAUUGGGACCAGCACAAACUCAAGUCCCUAAACAAAGACAGUUUGUUACCUGUAUAUUGUGUCAAGAAGAACAAGAGGUGAGGGUGGAAAGCAGGGCAAUGGUCCUGGCAGCAUUUGUUCAAAGAUCAACUGUAUUAUCAAAAAACAGAAGCAAAUUCAUUCAGGAUCCAGACAAAUACGACCCAUUGUUCAUGCACCCUAACCUGGCUUGCGGAACACACACUGGUAGCUGCGGACACGUUAUGCAUGCCCACUGCUGGCAAAGGUAUUUUGAUUCCGUUCAAGCUAAAGAACAGCGAAGGCAACAGAGAUUACGAUUACAUACAAGCUAUGACGUAGAAAAUGGAGAAUUCCUUUGUCCCCUUUGUGAAUGCUUGAGUAAUACUGUUAUUCCUCUGCUACUUCCUCCAAGAAAUAUUUUUAACAACAGGUUAAAUUUUUCAGACCAACCAAAUCUGACUCAGUGGAUUAGAGCAAUAUCUCAGCAAACAAAAGCAUUGCAGAUUCUUAGGAAAGAAGAAAGUAUUCCUAAUAUUGCCUCUUCAAAGAAUUCAGAAAAUAUGGAUGAAUUGCAGCUCCCCGAAGGGUUUAGGCCUGAUUUUCAUCCUAAGAACCCUUAUUCCGAUAGCAUAAAAGAAAUGCUAACAACAUUUGGAACUGCUACGUACAAGGUGGGACUAAAGGUUCAUCCCAAUGAAGAGGAUCCCCGUGUACCCAUAAUGUGUUGGGGAAGCUGUGCGUACACCAUCCAAAGCAUAGAAAGAAUUUUAAGUGAUGAAGAUAAACCAUUGUUUGGUCCUUUGCCUUGCAGACUGGAUGACUGUCUUAGGUCCCUAACAAGAUUCGCUGCAGCACAUUGGACAGUGGCAUUACUUUCAGUGGUACAAGGACACUUUUGUAAACUUUUUGCAUCAUUGGUGCCAGAUGACAAUCAUGGAGACCUGCCAUGCAUAUUAGAUAUCGACAUGUUUCAUUUAUUGGUGGGCUUGGUGCUCGCUUUCCCCGCGCUGCAGUGUCAGGAUUUUUCAGGGAUCAGCCUUGGCACUGGAGACCUUCACAUUUUCCAUCUGGUUACUAUGGCACACAUCAUACAGAUCUUACUUACCUCAUGUACAGAAGACAACGGCAUGGAUCAAGAAACUCCUGCUGGUGAAGAAGAAUUAGCAGUUCUUGCUUUGUAUAAAACACUUCGCCAGUAUACAGGAAGUGCCUUGAAAGAAAUAUCCUCCGGCUGGCAUCUAUGGAGGAGUGUCAGAGCUGGAAUCAUGCCUUUCCUGAAGUGUUCAGCUUUGUUUUUUCACUAUUUAAAUGGAGUUCCCCCGCCACCCGAAAUUCAAGUUUCCGGAACAAGCCAUUUUGAAUAUUUAUGUAACUAUCUUUCCCUGCCAAACAACCUCAUUUGCCUUUUUCAAGAAAAUAAUGAGAUAAUUAAAUUACUGAUUGAAAGUUGGUGUCAGAACAUUGAAGUUAAAAGAUAUCUAGAAGGUAAAAGAGAUGCUAUCAGCUAUCCAAGAGAAUCUAACAGAUUAAUAGACCUUCCAGAGGAUUACAGCAGCCUCAUUAAUCAAGCAUCUAAUUUCUCGUGCCCUAAAUCGGGUGGUGAUAAGAGCAGAGCCCCAACUCUGUGCCUUGUGUGUGGAACCCUGCUGUGCUCCCAGAGCUACUGCUGCCAGACUGAGCUGGAAGGGGAGGAUGUAGGCGCUUGUACAGCUCACACCUCCUCCUGUGGUUCCGGGGUGGGCAUCUUCCUGAGAGUACGGGAAUGUCAGGUGCUAUUUUUAGCCGGCAAAACCAAAGGCUGCUUUUAUUCCCCUCCUUACCUUGACGACUACGGGGAGACUGAUCAGGGACUCAGACGGGGAAAUCCUCUACAUCUGUGCAAAGAGCGGUUUAAGAAGAUCCAGAAGCUGUGGCACCAGCACAGCAUCACAGAGGAAAUCGGACACGCACAGGAAGCGAACCAGACACUGGUCGGCAUUGACUGGCAGCAUUUAUAGUCACUUCGCUACCAAAAAUAUAAACUUGGAUUUUUGUAACCCAGUGGCUUUUCAAGAAAGAGUAUAGGAAAUAAGUUCUCCUGGAUUUGGAAGUAAUUCUCCAUUUAAGCUUUUCUUCCCAGUUUUAUUUUUAUAGUUUCUGGAUCCAGAGACUGAUAGAAUCAUCCUCCGUCAGCAGAUUUUCUUGCACCAUUUGCCAUGUCCUUCAAACGUAACUUCUUGCGAGGAGCUUCUCUCGGCUGGACUGGGCCUGUAUGUGGGCACCUGACUGCGUCCAGCCGUUCCCAGGGGUCUGAGCUGUGUACCAUGACCGAUCCCAGGUCACUCCAGACUGAAGCGGAUUUGACAGUCGCGGGAAACAGUCUCUGGCCUGUGGGGGUCCCACUUCCGGGUCCCUGUCAGUGACUCAACACUGGGACGGGGUCAAUGUCCCCUCUGCUGAUGGGCCCCUACCUCUAAGAGCAAAGCAGUGGAAUUAGAAAGUGGCGUUUCCUUGUCGCAGUCAGCUGGGAGAGGGUUGGGGCACUUGUGCACAAGGAGCCCCUGGGAGGGAGGGAGGGAGGGAGGGAGGUCGUUUCUUCAUAUGCUGGGUGGUUUUCAGGGCUGUGGAAGGUUGGAUUUUUUUUUUCUUUUUUGGGGGCAAGACUUUCGGCUUUGAGAGAAAAAACUCAUUCUAAAGGGCUUUUUGAAAAUCAGAGUAUCCUAAUUUUUCAGACGAUAUAUUCUCUUAUUUCUAAGAUUAAACAGACCAUGCAUCUAGAAUCAAACGCUAGCAAAAAAAAAAAAAGAGUACUCAGUGUUUUUGAGGUUCCCCACCCUCACCCCUACUAGCAUUUCCUGGAAUAGAUGAUCACUGUUUACCUACUGGCUCACUUAGUACAUUCCUGGGACAGCCUCUGUGCCCAGGCUUUUUAUUAUUUGUAAACAUUGUUUUUACUGAGAGGUGCCUUCCUAGAAUGAGAGCCGCUUAGUAAACUGGCUUCUAACCAUUACAUGCCGCACAGCCACGCUCAUUUGAUGUAUGUGUGCUGAGAGCUUGGACUACACACACACACAGUGAUGGCACAUUUCGUGGAGAGAUAAAUUCAGAGCCUCCCCAAGGUGGGGCUCAGGGACAAAAGAAUCAUGAAAGGCUUUGGGGGUUUUUUAGCCAAUGCAAGUAACCCUUUUAUUCAGUUUUGUUUGAGCUGCAUCUGAAAGUCCCAUUCCACUCAGCAUGGCACACUUCAGCCUACCCAGGAGGGAGGUCAGAAAGACAGGCUUCAGGCUCAGAUGAGCGGGGACACGGAAACUGUGUCGCUGCUUCCUCUAAGGCGGCCUCCUGAAAGGGUGACCUUGGCUUCUCUCGCUUGGGGCUGGCCCACCCAGCUAAGAGGAGGUGUUUCUCACUCAAUAGGAAGAAAGUCUGAAUGAGAACCCAGAGCUCCCUCCCUUUUUCUGGCCAUUCCUAACAUCUGGUGUGAGCGGUUCAGGCGGCAUCAUGAUUAUAAUUUCGGCCUUUGUCACAUCCCCUUUCCUUGGGCUUUUAGAUCCAGCUUCUUUUGACUUUUCUCAAUGUUCGCCAAGAUUGAAUUUUUAGUGAUAAAGAUCAGGUUUCUCCCUCGUAAAUGAAUUAUAGACUUUUUCACCAAGUCCUGACAGUACUCCAGCUUUCAGGGCUGACUUCACAGAAGCCUGUCGUUAGCAGAGUGUCCCUGGGUGCCAUUCUCUGAGAAUGUCAGGGGGUCGGAAGUAAGAGGAGAUUAAUUUACAUGUGCGCUUUAUCUUCUGGUGUUGGCAUCAUUAAGAUAAUUGUCUUCCCUACCUAACGAAUCUUCUUAGUUUUAUGAUUGGUUCCACAUGUAUUAUGUUUAUUGUGGAAAUGUUUAUGUAACAUGCUUUUCAUAUCAGGGAAAAUCCUAUCUGUAAUAAAUUGGCUAUAACUUUAAUAUCUGGAAAACUUGUAAAAUUUGGAAUGUAUCAUAUGUAAAAAGUUUAAAGAUAUCCAAAUAAAUGCUUUAGGUGUUGACAUUA